CGGUCUUACUCUCCUGCCACGGAUGAUCGGAGAUCGCCAUACAUUGUAGAGAGCCACAACACUCUGCAAACUCGUCCUCUCUCUGGAGAACAGCUAGACAAAGGCCUUGUGCAUCGAGAAUGCCUUUUCAAAGGAAGAGCAAUCUCUGAACGCGAGGAGGACCGAUAUGAGUUCCGCUGUUCAAACCUUGGGAAUCUUAUUUCAGAGGCAAGGGUUGCUCGCUAUGACUACAGAAUUGGAAUUCGUUAUCCCACUGAGAGCCCGCGUACCAACGAACCCUUCGAGAUGAUUUGUAAUUUGACGCCAAUGCCACAAUCCCCAGUGAACUUCACCUGGACAUACAGAAACCGGGUGAUUGCUACAUCACCAGUGUACGCUAUACCUCGAUUUUCUUCUUCCACUACUGGGAAUUAUACUUGCACUGCAUCAUUUGAGGAGUCUGGACAGAAAGUCGCUCUUAAUAGCAUCCUCUUACUCAACAUGCGAAGGUCUCUUGAACGCGAGAUAUGUACGUAA